AGCGCAGGUACUGAUCCGUGGGUUCUGUGUCAUACUUGUCAGCAAUCAUUCUGGCACGAUGGCAAAUAGUGCAACACAAGCUUACUGUCAUUGACUAUCUUUUGUUGAGCCACUAGGUCUUCAUCACCAUCCAAAAUGCCUCUGAGGGAAUCGGCAACUUUGGCGACGGCAGCUUCGCAGGCGCCGUUGAGCUUUGCUAGGUCGUCGGCAUGUUGCACCAGGGCGUCGAGUGUGCCAAUCUUGAACGACGGGACAGGGUAGGGCAGCACCUCGCCAUUGUCACGACCGACGGUGGCGGCCAAGGACUUGAGCGGAUCGUCAUCGAAGACGCGGAGGGGCAGGGAAACGAGGAUGUAUUGCGCCGGAGCCAUGGCGAGCUACAGCAUGCCGGUAUGCUUGGGGUCGGCCUAGAGUUCGUUGCAAGGCGGUACAGGUGUGUCAAGAAGCCGAGGUGUUGCUCUCGGGACUCUGGACUCUGGGGGAUUUCCCUUCAAGGGGAGGGGUGGUUGCCUGUGCGAUAGAGACGACCGGUUGCGAGGACAAAGGGGCGGUUGAGUAGGGCUGGUUGUUUAACCGAUACAGGAGGAAAAGAAGUAGAGAGGCUUGAGAGGUUAAUAUUGAAGGCGUUCUGCGGGAUGCCGUGGGGUGCGGUGGGAGGUCUCGAUGAGGGUGAUGUUGGUAUCAAUUGAUGAUGUUGGAACACACCAAGCACCUGGAAGUGGGGAGCUCACCCAGCAGCUUAGCUGGGCCCCUGGCGGUCGCAUUUGAUUUGGCAGCUAUGGGCCCGGUACGUACCCCAGUCGGGGGUCGGGACGAUAUGUGUAAGAUGUGCCGGAGGCCCAAUGUAUCAGUUGGAGCCUUCCGUUCUGCCCCAAUCCGUCGAACUUGGAUUCCUUCUCCUAUGAGGCUAGACCUGUUUAUUGGGCCAGUAGGCCAAGUGUUAGCAUCGGGAGAUUCAUCACGACGCUGGGGAAAUGAACAGCAGCUGUUACGCAUACAGCAGCCACACUGGGCGCAGUUGUAGGUAGCGUGGGUGAGGCUUGUUGACGCAUGAUUGGCGGCGAGCUACCAAUCAAGGCGCGGGCUUUCGUCCUUGUUCAUGUGUCUGCAUUUCUUUCGUAUUAGGUGAGGUGCGUUUCCGCUGUUCAACCUCAACUCCAACCGACCGACGGACCUUUGCCAUUCAGCUGCUCCGCAGAGAAACUACACCGAGUUAUCGGCCUCGACCCAAGUAUUCCCAGUCUCUCCAGGGCCGUUGACAUCGUCAUGUUUGUGUCUGGCAUCACACAUUCGUGGUCCGCUUUUCAGGCCCCAGCCAUCGCUCUGUGAUCGCUCCAUUGCCCCUCAACUUUCGAUUCCAAGCAACAUUGGCCUGGCGUGUACAGUUGUAUCACCAACCGCCUCAGGUCAUUGGGCUUACCGAGUGCAGCUACCUCGACUUUGACAAUCUUUAUACUUCACCCAGCCAGAGCUGUGGAACGGCGGCAACAACGUUCUUGCGUUGCUCUCCCUCUCGUGCUGGUCAACGCGCAUAGUCGGGCCUGUUGACCUUGGCUGCCAACCUGGCGCUCCCUGCUCCCUGGCAUCUUGUGGAGUCGCUGAACUCUUCUCCAUCGAUUCGGCGCGCCUCUGUUAUCUCUUUCUCACCAGCACCUCCGUUAAAAUAUAUUCAACCCAGAUUCACUUCGAAAAUGCAGUUUGGGCGCCGAGGUUGUGACUUGACGCCCCAUUAGAUCAAUCAUAUCACUGGAGCCGCUUCAGCAUAUAUGCCACCGCUGAGUUUUGCAUCGUGCGACGCUCUUCAUAGCCACAUCUUCCAAUGGCUCCCCCUUCAGGCGCAACACUCUCUUCACGCACGGCUACCACAUCCAAAGUCACUCCCGUUCCCCUGCCUAAACCAGGUUCCAUGUCGAGUCGUGCGCCAAUGGAAAAAUCGGCGCCAGCAGUUCCAACAGCGCCUACAACUACAGCCAGUUUCGGUGUUUUAGCGACAAGCGAUUCCAAUGUCCCCGACGCGUCAAGUGGCCCUCACCGAGACGGCCGCAUUCGAAAUCCCGUCCCCAGCAAGUUGAAGGGCAAGACAGAUGGCUCCAAGGGAAAUUUCAGCGUGAUGCAUAUAGAUGUGGCGGGCAGGACGGAGGCCACGGAACGUGACGCUGAGGCAAAAAGAACCAGCGAGAGCACAGAGCUUGCUGCGAAGCGGGCUUAUGAGAAUGGCUAUGUGUCGUUACGAAGGAGCCGGUUUAUACACAUCCCCGACGAACCAGAACCGGCUGCUAAGCCUAUCGUUCUGCCGCAAGCACCAGUAACUGCAGCCGCGCAUCGGACGCGCCAGACCCCGCUGACCCCCGAAGAAACCAAGGCAGAACAGGCCCGGUUGUUAACGUUACUGCGGAGCCUUCACCCUGUCCUUGUGGUUGACCAAAUCUGCAAAGCCCUAGCUUUUUUCGGGGGCAUACCAGGGGGACCACCCCCUGGGGAUGGAUUCCCGCAGAGCGCAGAGUCGAAUGGAUCUGGCAGCCUCUUUGUAGGAUGGAUAGCUGAAAUAUUCCCCAGGUUAGGGGGCAACACUGCAGGACAACAGCCUGUCAUUCCUGCUAUACGCGAUUCUGACCCUCCUCCCCUUGUUUCAACAAGACGAAAGCGUGGACGGCCCAAGGGCAGCAAGGGCACCAGGCCUCGGAUCGAUAAAGGAAUCAAAAAGGGGCCCCUUAUGAAGGCUGUCUCGGGCACUGCCGAAAGCCAGCAACACACAAACGCGGCCGAUGAAAGCUGGGUUGAUGUCGAGGAUGAUGCUGUGGACGAGGUGGAUGCGAAUGUAAUGCUUCUUGCGCAGAGCUCAACGCCACAACCAGUGCCACAGUUACAGCAGUCUGGUGUGGCCCAUGAGCGGCCUUUGCUCGCGACCAGUACUCCAGUACGAACAACUUUACCCACCGCCCCGACCACAAGCAGCAGUACAAUUGAUCUCACACCUAGCGCAAGGAAAAGGGGUCGGCCCAAGGGCUCCAAAAACCGGCCCAAGGAUGGAUCAUCAGACAUACCUGCAAGAGCGCAGACUGGCGACCCUUUGUAUUCUCAGCGGCCAGAUGCGGUAGGUACGGCAGCACGGGCAUCGUCGCCACGUCCACAGGCCUCGCAGCCAGCCCAAGCCUCUUCAACUCCUCGAGUGUUCGAACAUUCUACAUCAAGCCGACCAUUCACCCCGGUGAAUGCCGGAAUCCCAUCGACGGCCACCAAAAAGGUGGGCAGAUCAAAGGCUCUAGAAGAUAAGCAACGCCCAACAAGUCAGCGUUCUCAUAUCCCUCCGGGUAUCACCACAGAUCAUGGAGCGAGAGCGGCGACACUGUCGGCCUCAGGGGCCGCAUCAGGGGUUACGACGAGAGUAGAACCAGAAACAGCGCCAGGAGGGGCGUUACCCGGGGCGGCAAUGGACACAGUGACAGGCACCACGCAGAAGAAUCUGGCGCAGACAGGAAAUGCAUCAACGUCAGGCCCCAGGACAGAAUCAACAAACAAAGAGCCCGCGACAUUAUCACAAGGCCUAGAUAAUACACUUGGAAGUUUCGCGACAACAGAUUUUGUGUAUUCGGCCCCCCCAGACGGCCUGUCCAGCACCUCUUCCCAUCGCUCUCGACCAAGACCUUCUCAGACAUCCAGGCAGACGGAAAACCCCCAGGGCCAAACUCUGGCUCUCCCAACUCCUCCCUCUGCUAGCCCCGCGCUCCCUAACACCGCACCCGGUAGUUUGGGGCAAAAACGCAAGAGGACUGCCAAAACAGGCGGUAGCAACCACGUUGUGCAGUCUGGUGCAUCCAACCAAGCAUCACCCCAAAUGAAUGGCCCAGCAUUACCAACACCACCAGCAAACGUUGGCUCCGCGCAUUCUACAGCCACCUCGGUACUCCAGCCUCCUGUGGCCAAAAGGCCAAGGAGGGGCAAAGGCCCUAAGGAAACCACCGCGGUAGCUAACCAGGAUCCAGCAGCUGCAAAUAUCGAAUUGUCAACCACUGGUGCCAUGGUCGGUUUGCGCUCGGAUUCGGGUCCACAUUCAGCCCUCUCUUCUAGUGCAGCCGCGGCUUUGAGCCUGACCACAAUGACAGAGUCUCGUGAUAUGGCCUCGGACACGAAUGAGACAUCUGUACCAUCGGUACAUUCGCCUCAUCAAAACCACUACGAGGUCCAAUCACCCACCAUGGAGAACUAUGAGGCUCAAUUGCAAGCCCAAAUAGAGCAGCAAGCGGAGAUGGAGUCUCAAACGGUUUCCCAUCAAACCCGUGUCGACCCUCCUCAGUACAGGUCAGCCCGGCAACCACGACAGCAGCAGCAGCAGCAGCAGUCGACGUCAGCAUCAACGCCGCAACGUAGGUCACCAAACACCCAGCCGCAAGUAUCAAAUCCACAAGCGGGACUAUCCUUAGCCACACAAUUACAAACGCGAAUGACCGGUCAAGGCCAAUAUCCGCAGUAUCUUCCACCGAAUUCUCAAUAUAAUCAGUCACAGCAUUCCAAACAAAGCCAGUCAUCCUCUCAAUCUCUGUCUUCAUCACAACACCAACAACACCACCAGCAACAACAACAACAACAACAACAACAACAAUCAUCCCAUUUUUUGGGACAGCAGAAACUCCAAGGCCAAAUUGUGCAGGGCUCGCCAGCCCAGCAAUAUUCUGUGAAUUCGACUCAGCAGCAGCAGCGUCCCUCGAAUCAAUCAUCAUACACAAACAAGCAGCAGCAGCAGCAGCAGCAGCAGCUUUCAUCUCAGCAAAGAUACCAGCAGCAACAUCUAACAACAACUGUAGGAAGCACGAAUUCGUACAAUACCCAACCGCCCUCGCAAUUUGCCGGUUCGGCGACAAACAAUUAUACAGCCACGACCGACGGCACGUACCGGGCAUCGUCAACCUCGCUGGGUACCUCUACUUAUGUGCAACGCAGCCAGUCCACAACACCCUCGACUGCCGCAUCGUUUCGCAGCAGUGGCACACAUGGAUUGCCACACCACUCUCCGUCGUUCAACACUGGCUCCGGCGCAGCCCAACAGCGAGCCGGCAGCGCCAGUCACGCUACCAACCAGGGCGUGCAAGGCAUGUCUGGUUCAAUGCAGGCAUUUUCGGGAAAUACGGGUGGUAGCUGGGAGUUAUUUGACACAGGCCAUAUCGAUGCAUCCGGGCAGCCAUCAAGUCUGGGGCUAACGAACACCUAUGGCAUCAACACAACCAAUGCCCGCACCUCGGGAAACAGUUCCACGUUUGGUGCGGCAGGCCUAGGUACUUAUGACACGUCAGGACUCCCCUAUAAUGAACGUUAUCACGGAGUCGGUCGUCGUUAAAUGAGAUGGGGUCAGGGUUGGUCCAUGAAUACAUGAAUACACAAGCCAUGAAGAAUAGCCUUUGGGAACUGACAUGUUGACACUGGCUGGUGAUAUAAUAUCGUUUUCAGGUAGGAUUGGAUUAUAUGGGGCCAACAUUGCAAUAUCUGGUACGGCGAUGGAGAGACAAGCUUGAUCGUGCAUCUUGACUACGCAUCUCCUCAGACACGAAUUUUCUGAUUUGAUAUGGGGUACGUGGGAAAGUUUUCCCCAAAGCAGCAAAUGUAUGAAUAAUGUACUUUAAUUAGAGGCCAUGUAAUGUGAUGGAGGGGCGGAGGCGUCUUUCCCGUGUCUAUGAAGUCCACCACUUAACUGGCAUCCAGUUGACUCGAGCCCAGGCAGUUCAAGCGAGGCCGAUGGUACAGCAAGCGCCCGUGUCUCUGUGAGAUGACUCCUGGGUAUGUAUGCA